UUUCUUUAUUGUGCCCCCGGCCCUCUCAAACCAGAGUCACGCCCCUGUCCACAGCUGCUGGUUGAAUAUUAAACACUGGAGGUGUGGACUCCUCUCUGCAUGUCCCCUCCUGUCCUCACAUGUCCCUGCAGGUCACCGUAUGUCCCUGCGGGUGGAGCGGGACGCAGUGAGCGGUGAAGCCGCAGGAAGCGCGCUGCUCCCCGGCUGUAAACAGGAAGUGUGUCGGAGCUUCGGUCCGUGAUGGAGCGCGUCUGUCUGCCGGUCCUCCCGGUCCUCCUGCUGUCUGUCCUCUGGUCCCGGACCGGGACAGGAGUCUACGUAGACAGAGACCUAAACCGGACCUGCUUAGUGAAGCUGGAUGUGUCCUCAGUGAUUCACCGCGUGGACACAAGAUUUCUGUCCCUCACCAUCGAUGCGAGUUUGUCUGCAGAGGAGAAGUUCAUGUCCCUGUUACUCUCUGCGAAGGUCCGCACGCUGGCCAAAGCCUUAAGUCCCGCCUUCCUGAGAUUUGGGGGAACCAGACAAGACUUCAUGGUGUUCAGUCCUCUGAGGACUCAUCAGGUCUCAGCAGGGCGACGCUGUGAUGACGUGGAGCUGCCGGCGUGGCUCGAGGAGACGCUGAAGAAGGCGUGGAUCCAAAAACAAGCCGUCCUGAUGAGAGAAGAUCUGCAGAGGAAGUUCAGCAGAGUCAAGUUCACAGAGUUCACCGUCGACCUGCUGCACUCGUUCUCCAGCUGCUCGGGGAUGGACUUGAUCUUCGGGCUGAACGCUCUGCUGCGAACGGCCGACAAUAGCUGGAACAGCAGCAACGCCCGCCUGCUGCUGCAGUACUGCGAGUCCAGACGGUACAGGAUGUCGUGGGAGCUGGGCAACGAGCCAAACAGUUACGAGAAGAAGGCCGGGAUCCGUGUGGACGGAAAUCAGCUGGGGCGGGACUUCACUCGCCUCCGAGAGAUGAUGUCACAGUCCAAAAUGUACCGAGACGCCGGUCUGUACGGACCGGACGUCGGUCAGCCACGAGACCACCGGACGGACAUACUGGAGGGGUUCCUGCAGAGCGGAGCCGACGCUGUGGACGCCUGCACCUGGCACCAUUACUAUGUGAACGGCAGAGACACGUCUUUGGAGGACUUCCUCGAUCCAGAGGUUCUGGAUUCUUUCGCCUUAAAGACGAAUGAAGUUCUGGAGAAAGUGAAGCGUUUGUCUCCGGGGACGGUGUGGCUCGGAGAGACGAGCUCAGCGUACGGAGGAGGAGCUCCUGGACUGUCGGACACCUUCGUCGCAGGAUUCAUGUGGCUGGAUAAACUGGGCCUGGCAGCCAGACUGGGGCUGGAUGUGGUGAUGCGGCAGGUGCUCAUUGGCUCUGGCAGUUAUCACCUGAUCGAUGAGAAUAUGGAUCCUCUUCCUGAUUAUUGGUUGUCUGUUCUCUAUAAGAGACUCGUGGGUCCGGAGGUUUUGAAAGUUGAAUUUUCCGGCGUUGCUCGCAGUAAAAGAGCGCGGCUCUAUCUGCACUGUGCAAACAAAACGAGUUACAGAAGCGGAGCCGUCACGUUGAUGUCUAUGAACCUGAGUAAGAAGCCGGUCAGGAUCUCCGUUCCUGCCUCGGUGUCCUCCAGCACAGUGGACGCUUUUGUCCUGCAGUCGGAGCAGCCGGGGGAGGAGGGCCUCUACUCCAGGUCGGUGAAGCUGAACGGAGUCGUGCUGAAGAUGGUGGAUGAUAAAACUCUCCCCGAGCUGAGAGGAGCUCGUCUUCCUCCGUCUGAACGGCUGCAGCUUCCCGCCUUCUCUUUGGCCUUCUUCGUCCUCACGGACGCUCGAGCGGCAGCCUGUCUCUGACCUCAGGUGGGACGCACACGCUCGCACCUGUCCUCAUACCUGCCAGGUGAGACACGGACUAAAACUGGACUAAAAGGAGCUAAAACUCAAGUGACAAAACACUGUAAACACAUGUUGUGCUAUUCUGUUUCUCUAAAAUCACACGACAGGUGCUGGAUUUUCUUAUUUAUAGAGAACUGCGAAUGCUGUGCUAAUAAAGUUUUUCUAAAUGCUGUUAAACAAAAGUGUUUUCUGUCAA